UCUUUUAUCCGCCAUUGCAGCAGGAACAAAGCUUUCAAAGGGAAGUUGUGUGCAAAUCGGCUUCUGUGAGACUGUGAGCUCAUAUCCUCUCACUGAACCGUUUACUUUUUUCUAGCAACAGCUUCAACGAUGGACGAAACCCUAGAACAAAACACUGUCAACCAGUCUACUGACGAAGAAAUGAAUGAUGCUGAUAAGCAAUCAUUGCCUGAAGAUCAAAAUGCUUCGAGUUCUUCCGAUACUGAUUCGGCGUCAGAUGAUGAUCAAGUCGCCGAUGAAGAUCUCAAUCUCCAGAUAAGUACACUAGAAAGUGAACUAUCAAGUAACCCUGCCAACUACGACGCACAUGUUCAAUACAUUAAAGCACUGAGGAAGAUUGAGGAUAUUGUUAAACUUGGAAUAGCUAGACAGACAAUGAGCCAACUGUUUCCGUUGACUCCUGCUAUGUGGCAGGAGUGGGCUAGGGACGAGAUAACUAUGAACUCUGGAUCUGAAGCCUUCUUGGCAAUUGAGAAGCUUUAUGAGCGUGGCAUCUUUGACUAUCCGUCUGUACCUUUAUGGUGCGACUAUUUAGAGUUCGUUCAAGAGCAUGAUCCUACAGUCCGUGAAUGUUCACCUUCUGGCGUUUCGAAAACACGGAAUCUGUUUGAGCGUGCUCUUGUUGCUGCUGGUCUCCAUAUGACUGAAGGUAGCAAAAUUUGGGAAGCUUACAGAGACUUUGAACAGGCCAUUGUCUACACCCUUGAUGAGACGGAUAUUGAGGCAAGAGAAAAGCAAUUGCAUCGUGUGCAAAGCCUAUUCCAUAGGCAGAUGUCUGUUCCACAUUCUGGUCUAAAAUCAACACUUCUGGCUUACAAAAGUUGGCUAGUGCAACAAGGGAAUGCUCUUGAUGCUGACUCAGACAGUUUGGAAGGAGUGUCUCCUGACGUUGCUUCUUCAUAUCAGAAGUCAAUGGAUGUAGUAAAUGCACGCAUGCAUUUUGAGGAUAGUAUAUCUGGAAAAGAAGAGACUGAUGUGGAAAGACUUCAAGGCUACAUGGACUAUCUGAAAUUUGAACAGUCUUGUGGAGACCCUAUACGUGUUCAAGCCCUAUAUGAACGUGCUAUAAUGGAUUUCCCUAUAUCUACUACUCUCUGGGUUGAUUAUACUGGGUAUCUGGACAGAACCUUGAAGGGUGCUGCUAUUGUCAGAGAUGUUUACUCUAGAGCCACAAAGAAUUGUCCUUGGGUAGGAGAUCUAUGGGUUCGAUAUUUAAUCUCUCUUGAACGUGCUCGUGCCUCCGAAAAAGAGAUAUCUAGUGUCUUUGAGAAGUCUCUCCUGUGCACAUUUUCAACUGCAGAUGAGUACCUAGAAAUAUUUCUUACUAGGGUCGAUGGCCUAAGACGGAGAAUUUCAGCUGGAGGUGAGCUGGAGGAUGACCUCAAAUUUGCAAAAAUAAGUGACACAUUUCAGCGUGCAUCUGAGUACUUGUUGGUACACCUUGAGGAUCCAUCAGGUUUAUUGCGACUCCAUGCUUACUGGGCGAGAUUGGAGGCAACCCUGGGGAAGGAUCUAGUUGCAGCUCGUAAAGUUUGGGACGAUUUUCUGAAAGUCAGGGGCUCUGUAUUAGAAGCAUGGAAAGGUUAUAUAGCGAUGGAACUUGAAUUGGGUAACACCAGGGAAGCUAGGUCUGUCUACAAAAGAUGCUAUAACAAAAGAUUUUCUGGAACAGGCUCUGAGGACAUUUGUCAUUCUUGGUUACGUUUUGAAAGGGAAUUUGGCACAUUGGAAGACUUAGAGCAUGCCAUCCGAAAGACUUCUCCUCGAUUGGAAGAGCUGCAGUUAUUCAAGUUACAACAGGAUAUAAAAUCUAUUGGCACAACAAAAGAGCAGAAGGAGAUACCCUCCAAAGAAAAAUCAGGUGAAAAGAGGAAGCAGGAUCCAAAUAUAUCUGACCAACAAUCUAAGCCAAAACGACAGAAAAAUAACGAUAAAAAAAUAAAGAAUUUGCAUGGGGAGGGAAAGAACCAGAAUGUUGUCUCUCUUGAUGCUGCAAAUAAGGUGGAUAAUAAAGAAGCUGAAGGUGAAAAAAGUAGUAGUAGUAACAUUGAAAGAAAAACUGAUAUUGCGUUUGGAAGAUCAAAACAUGAUGACCAAUGUACUGCUUUUGUGUCGAACCUGGACCCCAAGGCUAAUCCUGAUGAUCUGCAACGAUUCUUUAGUGACGUUGGUAAAGUUGUUGCUAUUCGCAUAUUGAAGGACAAAUUCACUGGAAAAUCAAGGGGUUUGGCAUAUGUGGAUUUUUCCAAUGAUGCACAUCUUGCUGCUGCUGUGGCGAAGAACAAGCAGAAACUGUUUGGGAAGAAAUUAAGCAUAGCACGUUCAGAUCCAAAACAACGAAGAGGGAAAGAACCAGCCGAUCAGAAGAAACACGUUUCAGGCCAAGAUUCAUCAAAGGCAGCAGAACCACAUGGCGAGUCUGAGGGUAACAAUAAUAAUAAUAAUAGUGUGCAGUUCAAAGGAAAGAGCACGUUUGCUGUUCCACGAUCUAUCAGAGCCCUCGGUUGGGUCGACACAGGUAAGAAAACUGAAGGAGGAGAAGAUGAGGAAAAACCACCCCAAUCCAAUGAUGAGUUCAGAAAAAUGUUCAUUAAAAAGUGAAAGUCAUGUCUGUUUUUUAAAUUGUUAUCUGAAAGGGUUUAGUAAUCCAGUUGUAUAACUCCAACUUCAUGUUAAUGUAGUUCUUGGUAAAAAAAAUCUUGAAAUUUUGAGACUAAUUCUCAUGCGUGAAAAGCAAAAAUGCCCAGAUUUUCAUUUUGAAUCUAUCAAACAUUAACUUUUGGUUUGG